GUGAAAAAAAAAUUAACUGUAGUUGCAGAAGAAGCAGCAUUGAUGAGGUUACAGAGGGCUUUAAUCCUCUUAUCUGACCCAGCACUGCCACCCUCACCACUGGCAUCUACUCCUCUCAUUACCCAAACACAUAUCCAUCUCCCCCUUUCUUCUUCUUCUUGCUCUCGCUCUCUAGAAAUGAACAGUUUGCAGAAAGUUAGGGCAUGGGUUCUUGAAUCUUGACAGCAUUAUUUGAGUAGCUGCUUGCUUUUUUCUGUUCAAUUGUUGGUUUUCUUUGGGUGUGUAUCUUUCCAGUAGCUUUGGAUUGUUUAGGAGAGAGGGAUAAGUUUAAUAUUAAUAGGUGUGGGAAGGAAGGGGUGAGAGAAUUGAAGAAUGGGUUAGGCUAAAGAAACGAAAUUUUUAGUUUCUUGGGGUUAGGGCUUUUUUUUUUGGGGUGAUGGAAUUCGGGAAGUUGGAUGGCCGGUUUCAGAUUUCAGAGGUUGAAGAAGAAGAGAGUGGAAAAACCCACUGAGAAAAAGUUGUCUUUAUCAAAAGCUGGAUCCUCAGAGGAAUCAGCAGCAGAAGCACCACCGCCACCUCCAAUUUUCCGAUCAAAUCCAAGGAGAAGAAGAAGAAGACCCGUCGGGGAAUCCGCAACCGCCGCCGCCGCCGCCGUCUUUCCAGCAUCAAGAGCAAGAGCGGUUAUAUGGGAGGCUAGAUACCCAAGUAAUAAGGAUCCCGCCGCCGCCGCCGCCGCCCAAGAAACGGUCGUAUUUUCCUUCGACGGAGGAAGGCGUCGAACAUGCAAGAUUGCGUGGAAGAAUGGCGGAGAAUCGUCAGCAGCAACAGGGGAGUUCGUCGAGAUUGGGCCUAAGGAACGCCGGCGGCGAGAUAGUGGAAGUCCAAGGCGGCCACAUUGUGAGGUCCACGGGGCGGAAAGACCGCCACAGCAAGGUCUGCACAGCCAAAGGCCCCAGGGACCGCCGGGUCCGCCUAGCCGCCCACACUGCUAUUCAGUUCUACGAUGUCCAGGAUCGGCUCGGCUACGACCGCCCCAGCAAGGCCGUCGAUUGGCUCAUCAAUAAGGCCAAACCCGCCAUUGACGAGCUUGCUGAGCUACCCGCCUGGAAACCCAGUACCGUUAACCCGAAUUUCGACCAAGAAGAUGCCCAGAAACAGCACCAAGAGACCCCCGGAGAUGCCAAUUUGUUGGAUAAUGUCGCUGGGCCUUCUAGUAAGAGAAGCAUGAUAAUGCAAGAGAGUGAAAAUGAAUCGAGCUUUUUGCCUCCUUCUUUGAAUUCUGACUCCAUUGCUGAUACUAUUAAGUCCUUCUUCCCCAUGGGAGCUUCAGAGCAGCCUAUUCCUAAUUCUUCCUCUAUGCAGUUCCAGAGCUUUGCCCAGCACUCCGAUUUACUGUCUUCCCAGAACCAAGAUUUGAGGCUUUCUUUACAGUCAUUUCAAGAUCCUACUAUCCUUCUCCACCACCAAAACCAGCAAGCAGCUCAGCACCACCAGAACCCGGCUAGCCAUAGAGCCAUUUUAACCGGGUUCGAUGCUUCAGGCUGGUCUGAGCACAAUCAGCAUAGGUUUCCGGGUUGGCACGGUGGUGGUGGUGGAGACGCCGCUGCUGCCGCCUCCUGCUCCGCUAGCGGCAGUGGUGGCGCAGCAGCUUCAGCAACAGGAGGAUACUUGUUCAAUUCCCCACAGCAGCCACUGUUCCAGCAGUUGUUUGGUGGGCAGAACCAGUUUUUUCCUUCUCAGAGGGGACCCCUUCAGUCCAGUUACUCGCCUUCGGUUCGUGCUUGGAUCGACCCAUCACCCGCGAUAGCCAUUGCCAGUGUUGAUCCGAACCAGCAGCACUACCAGCUACCCAUUUACCCAUCAUCACUAUCGGGUAUAGGAUUCUCCACGGGAGUGGGGGAAUUCUCUGGGUUUCGCAUUCCUGCACGAAUCCAAGGUGAAGAAGAGGAGCACGAUGGCAUUUCCGACAAGCCAUCCUCUGCUUCCUCUGACUCCCGUCGUUGAAUUAGCUCCCAAUAAUCUCUCGUUUCUUCUCUCCAAGUUGCAGGAUAUGAUGAAUUAGUUAUGCAAGAGAUCUUGGAGGCAGAGAAGGAAAGGGGAGUUUGCCGAGUCUAAACCAAUGGCGGUCACCCGAGGUAGAAGACUUGUUGGCAUAGUUUCAGGUUUUUCUAUCCCGGGCAUUAUUGUUAUCUGUAUUAGUUCAUGUCGAUUAAUAUCAAGUUUUACAUUUGUGUAUGAUUGAGUGGGCUUCCCGAGCUCAACUUUGUCUAGUUUGAGGAUUAUGUUGUGUUUCUAUUGCCAUCCUAAUCAGGGAGCUUACUCCUUGCUUUGAAUUUUAUGAAUUUAGUGUUUCCUAAGCUAUGUUUAGUACGUGUUUUCAUUGCUUAAA